CAUUUUGCCAUAUCAACUACAAAUCGUAAGUCACGCUCCUUGAACAAUCCGCCAUCUUUCUCCAUCAGAUCGAUAAUGGCGACAACUCUCUGUUCCUCAAUCUCCAUGCAAGCUCGUGUCCCGGCUACAAGAACAAGGUUCAGUCUUCAGAAACAGGUUUCGAUUUUCAACAAUGGAAAGACUAAUAAUAAUCUCUCCUUUAGCCUACGAAGACGUUCGCUGCCUGCUCGCCUCCAAGUAUCUUGUGCAGCCAAGCAAGAGACAGUGGAGAAAGUGUCUGAGAUUGUGAAGAAGCAAUUGUCGCUCACCGAUGAUCAAAAAGUCACUGCAGGAACCAAAUUUACCGAACUCGGAGCUGAUUCUCUCGACACAGUUGAGAUAGUGAUGGGUUUGGAGGAAGAGUUUGGGAUAACAAUGGCGGAAGAAAGAGCAAAGGAGAUUGCAACAGUCCAACAGGCUGCUGAACUCAUUGAAGAACUCGUCCAAAAGAAGACCGCUUAAUUAAGGAAACAACCAACGGCUUUGUCUUUUGUUUUUAGUCUUUUCCUCAAUUGUGUCAAUGCUUUGUUGUAUGUCUCUGCCCUAGUGGUUAGUUGUGUCAAUCUUUUGACUACUACAAUACUUUCUUUUAGAUUA